UAUCUCGGAGCCACAAGUUCUGGCGCCGACCCUCUAAAUCCAAAGAUGAGUAUAUAUUUUUUAGGGGGCCAAAUGUAAAAAAAUAAAAAAAAGCUGGGGGCCAAAUGUAAAAAAAUAAAAAAAAGCUAAAUUGUAAAAAAUUAGGCCGUUUCCGCGAGCUCUGGCGCCCGUGAGCAGCUUCCAAAGAAAAUAUCUCACGCCGAUCCUGCUCGGCUGCUCCUCCAUCCCUUCCUUCUCGUACUUUCUAGAACAUUCCAUCCCCUCCCUAUAAAUAGCAGAACACCACCCAUGUCUUCCGCCAAAACACCAACCGAACCCACCCACCAGCCUACUACUCAACGCGACGAACUCAUCGCAGCACCUGCUGCGCGCCCUCCGCGGCUCCGCCGGAUGGAGCGCCCAGCCGUGACGGUUAAGCAGGAGGAGGACGACGACGAUGUGGUAGUGGUGUUAGACGCCGACGGCGACGCUGCUGGCGGGCACUGGCCGGGAGCCGCCGGCGCGGCGCCGGCGCCGGCGCCGGAGCCUUGGCAGACGCCGGCGGGGUCCGCGGUUCCGCCGUUCCUGGCGAAGACGUUCGAGCUUGUGGAGGACCCGGCGACGGACGGCGUGAUCUCGUGGGGCGCCGCGCGGAACAGCUUCGUGGUCUGGGAUCCACACGCCUUCUCGGCGGGGCACCUUCCCCGCCGCUUCAAGCACGGCAACUUCUCCACCUUCCUCCGGCAGCUCAACACCUACGGAUUCCGCAAGGUGAGCCCUGACAGGUGGGAGUUCGCGCACGCCGAAUUCCUCGCGGGGCAGCGGCCCCUCCUCGUGAACAUCCAGCGGCGCCGCCCGGGAUCCACAGCGUCUACUCCGUCUUCGGCAGGGGCCGGCGGCGGCGGAGACCGUGAUAACAGCGAGCUCAAGAGGCUGCGGCGGGACCGGGAGGCGCUGGCGCGGGAGCUGACGCGGCUGCGGCGCGAGCAGGAGGAGGCCCGCGCGCAGCUGCUGGACAUGGAGCGGCGCGUGCGGGGCACGGAGCGGCGGCAGGAGCAGUGCACGGCCUCCCUGGCGCGCGCCGUCAGGAGCCCGGCCUUCCUGGACGGCCUGCUGGCGCGCCGCGGCCAAGGCGGCCGCGGCGGCGCGCACGUAGAGGCCGCCGGCAGGAAGCGGCGGCUGCUCGACGCUGCCGCGGCCGCGACCGCGCCGGACGCAGCGGACGUCCUCGCCUUCGAGGAGCUGGCGCUGGCAGCGGGCGCCGAGGUCGAGGCGGCGGCGCAGAUUUCUGACGCCGGUAACGCCACGGACAUGAUGUGGUACGAGCUGCUCGGGGAGGAGCAGGUGGAGAUCGACGCCGAGGUGGACGAGCUCGUCGCGGCCGCGGCUGCCACUGAGGCGGCGGCGGAGCCAUGGGCGGAGAUGGACGAGAAAGAGGUUGAGGAGCUCGUCGCGGCUGCGGCUACAGCUGCCACUGAGGCGGAGCCGUGGGCGGAGAUGGACGACGAAGAGGUUGAGGAGCUUGUACAGCAGAUAGACUGCAUUGGCUCGACGGGCCCCUGACCAGUGAUCACCACGAGGUGGAGAGCGUGCAGGGUGUCCCUGUGGCUGUGCGGCACUCAGCCACUGCCUUUGACUAUGGGGCCAUGCACGUUGCAAUAAUGUAUCAUAGCAUGUACAUACUCAGCAUGUGCUAUCUGUACCGUUCAAAACUGCUUUGAGAUUCGUGUUACAUACACUACCUAACGUGAAACCCUACUGUUUUAAAUGACACA